UUGACAAAUUAUUUUACUUCUUUGGUGUAAAUGAAAGAGAAACUUAAACUUUUCACACGGAAAACAUAAAAAUAAUCCGUGCUUUAUCAAAUCCGGUCGAUUAUCUCAGUAAAGUGAUAAACUCGUUACUAGAUUAAGUGUUUUCAAUAUUUCAAUAGUUGGUUUGUUGAAAAGCAUUAUAGAAUGAAUAAUGCACCGCAGUUCUCUUUACGCUGGAAUAAUUACGUUUCUCACGUAACAGAAGCGUUCAAUGUCCUCCGUUUUGAAAACGAUCUAGUGGAUGUGACACUCUGUUGUGAUGGAGGUAAAAUCAAAGCGCAUAAAAUGUUGUUGUCCGCCUGUAGUAGUUACUUUAAACAGAUAUUCAAAGAGAACCCGUGUCAACACCCUGUAAUAAUAUUCAGGAACUUCAAAUUCGAGGACCUCAAUGCAAUUAUCAACUUUAUGUACCAUGGUGAAGUGAACAUAUUUCAAGAACAGUUGGAAUCAUUCCUUAUUACUGCUGAGCUUCUAGAGGUUAAGGGUUUGACUGAUAACUUGGAGGAUGAAUCAUCUAAAGCACAACUGCGAAUCACAGACAACACCUCUUUAGAUUUAAGUUCCAAAUCAAGCAGAAUGACUGAUGAUAUUGUGCCUGUUUUAUCUGAUGAACCAAUUAACUUAGCUACUAUGCAGACUACUAGGGAAGAGUACAACAUUCCACAACCUGCGACAAUGGCCAGCAAUCCAACUAGAAGUAUUCCAGAACAAGAGAAUAGCAAUGUUGAAAUGCAACCGGAACCUUCAAAGUCUGACGAUAAUGUUAAAUUGAAAACAACACCAUCUAGUGGUGAAGAAAUGCAAAUUGAUACACAAUCUACUUCUGUUGAGGAUUUAUCAGAGAAAAAUAAUUCUGAAUCAGAACUUGCGAAAUUCCGAUGCCAACUAUGUCCAAAAGGCUUCAAGCAUCCUACAUCACUGACUUUGCACAAGGACUCACAUGCUGGAAAAACACAAUGCCCUGUCUGUCAUCGAUCAUUUUCACGUUCAUACGAUAUGAGGAGCCAUCUGCAAAGAAUACACCAAGGGAAACAAUUGACAAUUAAAGAAAUCAGAUACAAGAAUACAAACGAUAGCGUUGCUCCCAAGCAAUUCACUCAUCAUAUUUAGUUCUAAUUUUAAGCCUUAUGGUAACUAAGUUACCAGUUCUUAAGCACAGAGUGCAAACGCCUAGAACUGUCUUAUAGAAUUUAUAUGUAUUACAGCUAUUACUUAUAUUGAUACAAAUGAAAUAUUAUUUACUAUUUUUAUUAUUAAAAGUCACAAAUGAUAUUGCUCAGUGCUAGCUUUGGCUAUUUUUUAUACUAGUCUGUAAAUUACUGUUUUAAUAUAAUAAUUGUUUCUAUUA